AUGAAGAACAAAGUCAAUAAGGGAGGGCAACAUUUAAAGAACACAGGACUACCGUCAAGGAACUCAGCAGGUCACAAGACAGGACAUGGCACACGGCAUAAUGUUAGAAUUCAUAUUGUUGGUGGUAGCAGUGGUAGUCGUAAUGGUAGUAGUGGUUGUGGUAGUGGUAGUUGUGGUGGUUGUGGUGGAAGAAAUGGUACUAGUGGUGGUGGUAGUGAUGGUAGUGGCCGUAGUGGUCGUGGUAGUAGUGGUGGUAAUGUUGGUAGUAGUGGUUGUAGUAGUAGUGGCUCGAACAGGGAGAAGAGUAGAACUGCCGAUGUUUCACUUAUGGAACGUUUAUAUUUCCAGUGGGUAAAUACGUUGUCUGCGUUUUGGUGGAAACCAAGUGACGAUAGCAACGGUAUACCAUGUCCGGGCGUUACCGAUCAGAACUGUUUGCCUGGUUUCCGGUGUCAGAAGCACAAGGGUAAAAUCGUCUGCAUAGAAAGCCUCGAUAAAAUAGCCUUCGAAGCUUACACGACUAACAGCAGAGGAUAUUAUUUUGAUGGAAAGGUGCUCGUAUUCCCAAAUGUACUCCUAAACGACGGUCAAGGUUAUAAUCCAAAAACUGGCUUAUUUAAAGCGCCAGUUGCUGGGGUAUAUAAGUUCACAGUACACGUUUGCAGUGCCCCCAACAAACACAUGGUGGUAGCAAUUGUAAAGGGAGAUGAGGAGCAAAUUGCAGUCACUAUGGUAUUUGAAGAACCAUCCUCGAGCUGCACUUCUCACAGUGUUAUUACAAGGUUGGAAAAGAAUGAAAUUGUUAUGGCGAAAGUCCGGUAUGACGAGAGUUAUCUUGAAUCAGAUGAGUACCGUUGGCCCUCUUUCAGUGGAUUUCUGAUGUACAGCUAUUAAAAUUAACUUUUCUACUACAUUUACAUCUCAUAAACGUAUCAAAAAUUUCUUUAACACAUUAUACAAAAGCACUCUUUGUGUCUUUAUCAAUGCUGUCCGACAUGACUCGCAAUAAUAGACAAACAGUACAUUUUUUCCUAUAACCAAUCAUAAUUUUUGAAACGCUUAACGCUUAACACUGUCAGCAAGGAAGGUAGGCAUUCAAUGCACGCAUCCCUCAAAAUAUGACCAACAGCAAGCAGCCCAGCACGACACCAAACACAACAGAGCGUAUGGGCAAAUCUCGGGCAGUAUGUCACCGCAAUAGAAUCCAAAGCAAAAAUCAUAGAAACCUACAGGGUAAAUAAAGAAGAACGUUAAUUAAAAUACCUAUAGGGUGAGGCUGGAAGUGCCAAAAGAACGUGGAGGGUGUCAAAAGAAAUAAAUAGUAUUUCUUUCGUCAGAAACUCGCAAAGGUUUUAUAAUUAUGCAAACUACCAAGAUUUAGAUGCAUAUGAUAUGACGAAGAUAUAAGUGAUUGUGAAUCAUUUUGUGUAAAUGGUGGCACAUUGUAAAUCUCGUGGAAUUGUAACGUCAAUAUAAAAUACUAGAUCAAUUAUAUGAGUAUAUUAUUGGAAGUUGUAACAUAGAACCUACAAUAAAAUUGCUUGAAAUGAAGGGGAAAAAGAAGUAACAAUUUUGAAGCUUAGUGGGCUUUUACUCUUUAUCGUUAUUUUAUAAGCAGACUACCAUUACAAAUAUAAUAAAUCAUAUUCAAAUCAUAUCUUGUUAUGGAUUUAU